AUGGUUAAAAUAGUGUUAGGAACAGCAAUUGAAGUGAAUAAGGGCAUAGUAGGAGUUGUUGCAGACUAUAAUGAUAGAAGUGGAAAAGAGGAAAUAGUGGCUAUUAAGAUGGCAUUGGAGGAUUUCUAUCAUUACACCAAUCGAAGCUUUGCUCUUCACAUAAGGGACUCUCAUGGGGAUCCCCUUAAAGCUGCUCUUGCAGCAAGGGACCUUAUUGACAAAGAGCAAGUGCAAGCAAUUAUAGGUCCACAAACAUGGGAAGAAACAACAUUAAUAGCUGAACUUUGCAACCAAAACAUGACACCUCUUCUAUCCUUAGCAGAUGUAACUCCAAAUUGGGCAACAUCAAAAUGGCCCUUCAUGGUUCAAACUUCACCUAAUGCAUUAAAACAAAUAAAAGCAGUAUCUGCUAUUGUUCAAUCAUGGGAUUGGUACAGUGUCAACAUAAUUUAUGAAGACAAAGAUGCUUCAUCCACAGAAUCUUUAUCCAAUAUCUAUUUAGCACUCACUGAAGCAGGUAUCACAAUAAGUAAUCUCUUGAGUGUUCCUCCUUUUCCUUCCUCUUCAUUGUCCAAAGAUCUUGAGAAUCUUAGAGAAGGCCAUUGUAGAGUCUUUGUUGUUGCUAGUUUGUCCCUCAAUUUGGCCAUAAACCUCUUCGAAACUGCGUCGAAAAUGGAUAUGGUUGGGAAGGACUAUGUUUGGAUCAUUACUGACCCUUUUACAAGCCUUGUUCAUUCCUUAAAUGCUUCAACUAUCUCCUCAAUGCAAGGAAUCAUUGGAGUCAAGAGCUAUUUCCAAGAAAAUGGGAAAAAACAUGAGGAUUUCUACCGGAAAUUUCGUCGAAAAUUUAGCCUAGAUUACCCUCAAGAACUCAACAAUGAGCCAGGAACUUUUGCAGCACAUGCUUAUGAUGCUGCAUGGACUCUGGCUCUAGCCAUGAGUCAAACCAACAAUAAUGAAGGUGGAAAAUUCCUGAUGAACAAGAUUUUGCAUAGUAAUUUUCUUGGACUAAAGGGAAGAAUUCAAUUCAAUGAUCAUACCUUAGAUCCUACACAGACUUUUCAAAUCAUCAAUGUGAUUGGGAAGGGAUACAAGGAGAUUGGUUUUUGGUCAAAUGGACUUGGAUUUUCAAGCAAUAUUGGUCAACAUGAUGUUAGUUAUAGUUCUUCAAUGAAGGAACUAGGACAGGUUAUGUGGCCAGGUAGACCUUGGGAAACUCCAAGAGGGUGGGCCCUACCAACAAUUGAGAAGCCAUUAAGAGUUGGGGUCCCUGCUUUGUCCACAUUGAAGCAAUUUAUAAACAUAACUCAUGAUCAAUUCCAGGGAUUCACUAUUGAUCUUUUCAAAGCAACUAUGGACUUGAUGCCCUACCAUGUUCCAUACAAGUUCUAUGCUUUCAAUGAUACUUAUGAUGAGUUGGUGAGACAAAUUUAUUUGAAGAAUUUUGAUGCAGUAAUUGAUGUAACAAUAAUCUCGUACCGGUACCAGUAUGCCGAAUUCACUCAGCCAUACACUGAUCCUGGAGUGGUGAUGGUAGUCCCUUUGAAAUCAAAAACAGGACACAGAGCUUGGCUGUUUGUGAAGCCUUUCACAAAGACAAUGUGGAUCCUAAUAGUGUUAGUGAUUAUCUACAAUGUCUUUGUUUUAUGGAUGCUAGAAAGAAAUCAUUUCUGUGAACUCAAGGGCUCCAUACUCAAACAAUAUGGCAACAUUGCUUGGUUGGCAAUGACCCCUCUCGUUAACUUAAAUGACAUAGGAGAUAAAUUACACAACAAUUUAUCAAGGGUGGCUAUGGUGGUGUGGCUAUUUGUGGCACUCAUUAUAAUGCAGACAUACACAGCCAACUUAACCAGCAUGCUAACAGUUGAAAGACUUGAACCAACAAUAGGUGAUGUUGAUCAGUUAAGAAAUAACAAUGCCAUGGUUGGAUACAGUACUGGAUCUUUCUUGAAAAAUUAUCUUCAUGAUGUUCUACACUUUAACCCUGCAAACAUAAGGCAAUUUAGAUCACAUGAAGAGUUCGCUGAAGCUCUCAGAAGAAAAGAAAUAGCAGCUGUCUUUAUUGAAGUUCCUGGGGCCAAGAUUUUCCUUGCAAAGUACUGUAAAGAGUUUAUUCAAGCCGGGCCUAUGUAUAAAAUCGGAGGAUUCGGUUUCGCUUUUCCGCAAGGAUCUCCAUACCUUCCACUUGUGAACAAAGCACUGUUGGAUUUAUUUGAAUCCGGAAAACAGAGGGAACUGGAGAACAGAAUGCUUGCAUCAGAGAAAUGUGAAGAGUCUGAACCGGACACCGAAACUGCCAGUCUUAGCCCAAACAGCUUCUGGGCCUUGUUCACUUUGACAGCAGGUACAUCAACAAUUGCCCUCUUGAUUUAUGUCACCGGCACCAAUUGGUUAACCUCCGCGGUGAUUGAACAAUUGGGACAAGCCAAGAGACGACUCUCAAGAAAAGAUAGUCAUGUUGCAGAAAGUCCUGUGAAUUCUCCACAUUCAGAUUCACAUGUUAUGCAACUUCCUCAAGCUUGAUGCACUAUAUGUAUUACUUCAAUUUGAUUUAGGAGA